CUUUUUUUCAUUCCAUUCCAUUCAUAUUAAUAAAAAAAAAAUACAAAAGAUAUACCAUGCCUGACAUACCUUCUGGACGCCAACGUCUCAAACUCUGUGCACGGCUUAUCCAGCAUCAUCUCUCGGACUUGCAGCUCAUCUUUGACAAGGACCUGGCUACGACCGUUGGACCGGACGGAACUCAGUACGUUGACUUUGACUAUCUUCAAGGCGCCAUUCCAGCACUCACAGACCUGUCACCAGCUCAAUUGCGACGUGCCAUCAAGUACGAUGCCAAAGGCGUGCUCGAGCUGCACCCGGAAUUGGACAUGGUCCGCAGAUGUCGCCCCUUUUCAGAAGACGAAGCAGUAGAUCGGAUGUUGUUUGUGGAUGAUAUCGAUAUUGGAGGAUUUGAGAGCGAUCCAACAGAAGUCUUUGAACAACUGCUCCUUCCAUAUCCAAAUAUGACUUCCGACUCGCCGACAGAUGAAGAUACCAACAACAGUAAUAAUAAUAACAAUGACAAUAAUGAAGGUGAUAGACAAGAACAGGAUGGCGAAUCAACGUUGGAUCAGCAACAACGGCUUAACCAUCAAACCAUUAUUCGGCCAUAUGGUUACAAACCAACACGGUUCUUCCAGGGCUUCUGCUAUGUUGAGUUUGCAACCAAAGAGCUUAGCUCGGAAAUGUCUAGUAAGAUUCUUGCUCGUAACAACUCUGUCCGCGUCAUGCCCAUGAAACAAUGGCGUAAACUAGAAAACGAAUAUUUGAGCCUCAGGAGAAAGGCUUGAAGAAAAAAAGAAAGAAAGAAAGAAAGAAAGAAAGAAAGAAAGAAAGAAAGAAAG